AGCUGCCCCUCCUUCACAGGGCCACGCAACCACAAGAAGCACACACUGCAAAAUAUCGAGCCAUGUCUGAACGAGGUGGAAAACGCAGUGGUCGUGGCGGCGGACGAGGCGGUCCUAUGCCACGCAACGUACAAGUCUCGAAAAAGAUGUCCUGGCUCCUCCGCCACGGCGCAGAGAAAGAAGGUCUCAAACUCGACUCAGGCGGAUUCAUCAACGUCCAAGACGUCCUCAACAAUCGCAACCUCAAAUCUCUCAAAGUCACAUUCGACGAACUCAAAGCCUGCGUAGCCGACAACGACAAGCAAAGGUUCACCAUGGUGCCCAUUUCGGACGACUCAAAAACAAAGAUAGACGCCGCGGAAGGUACUCAGUCAUCACCUCUUUCUCCCGACGACCCGAGCCAAUACCUCAUCCGCGCGAAUCAAGGACACAGCUUGAAAGUGGAAAGCGAAGGGCUCCUGAAACCCAUCACCGAAGAGAACAUGCCCUCACAGGCAAUUCACGGCACAACACAUUCCGCCUACAUCAAGAUCCUCGCAUCAGGAGGCCUCAAACCGAUGACUCGCAAUCACGUACAUUUUGCUUCGGGAAUUCCAGCAGGCUUCAAAUCAGUCGUCGACGUGCCGAAUGCUGAGGAUGCAGCUGCGCCUGUGAUUUCAGGAAUGAGGAACUCGAGUACGAUUUUGAUAUAUCUGGAUCUGCAAAAGGCGAUGCAGUCGGGCAUCAAAUUCUGGCUGAGUGAUAAUGGGGUCAUACUGAGUGAGGGAAAUGCAAAUGGUCUGGUGCCGGUUGAGGUCUUCAAGAGAGUGGAGGACAGGACAGGUGCGGGAGUUUUGGUUGCAGAUGGCGAGAUUGUGAAGGAAGCACCGGCAGCGUGGGGAGGCAAAACGAGGGACAAGAGUGCAGCAUGAGAAUUGUAGCAGGAGCCCGUUGACCCGCAGCAUUGAGUAGGCCGCCGGAACGAGGCCCAGCGCUCGUUGCAGUAUACCGAGCAUCGAUACCGACUUUUACGCCGAG